CAUUUUCCAUUCAAUCACUCAGUUCUCUCUCCUCCCCCAUCUGCCGUCCUCUCUUCCUACCUACCCGACGUUGUUCGUCCUAUCUCACUCUCCCACUCUCGUCCUUUUCUUGCCUUCUAUCUCACGUUCUCCCACAACGCUAUCUCUGAAUCACUCUGUAUAUGUUGUAUUCUUCGUAUUAUUAUUAUUCUACCCAACCUCGUGUUAAAAUUCGGUUCACUCUCCGUCUAUCGCACGCACAUCGGUCGGGCACAUAGAUUAUUAAGUCGGUCGGGUCCCAUCGAUCGCUCUGUCCCGUGGCUCGCUCGCUCGCUGACUCGGUCGCGCGCGCGCGUGGGUUCCCUCCCGAUACAAAAACGAGCGUCUUAACCAAUGAGCGGCGCGCAUUGGCGUCCGUGCCCGGGCGUGCGGGCGCGAGCGCGCGCGACCCUGCCGGGGCCAGCAGCAGCAGCGGCAGCGGCGGCGGCGCUUUAAUUGGCUCGCGGAGCGUCCCGCGCGCAAGCAGCACCCUCUCUCUCAACGCGCGCUCUCCGCUCGCUCGCUCGCCACCCUCCCCCCUCUCUCUCUCUCGCUCUCGUCUGUUCUCUCCCACCCUCUCUCUGCUCGCACGCUCUCUCUCUCUCUACCGCGCGCGCGUGUGUGUGUGUGUACACGCGCGUGUGUGUGUGUGCAUGUGUCCCGCGUCCCGCACGAAGAGGUGUCAAUAUGGCGACGGCGGUGUGUGCGAGAGGCAGCGUCUUCGUCUCACUUGCGCUGGCCAUGAUGAGCCUGGUACGCGCCGACGUCUUCCCGCAUCCAUGGACAAUUAAGCAAUGGGCGGGGAGGCUGGACCGGGAACUGGAGCGCGUCGUACGUCAAGCCAGCGGGGUCGACCAACUCAAGCAGCUGUACACGGAGCACAAGCAUCUGUUUGAGGUGCGGAGGAACGAUGCACAGCAUCUGGUGGAGUCGGUGACCGGCGAGAUUGAGAAAGUCCUCGACAAGAAAGUGAAGGCUCUGGAGAGGCUGGCCAGGACUGCAGAAGAACUUCAGAGAGCGCACCAGUGGAGCGACAACAUCAAGGAAGAAGAUAUGCUUUAUUAUAAUGCGAAGAAGGAGCUUGAAGAGGAAUAUUCAGUGGGCAACGGAGAGCAGGAUUCGGAGGAGGAGGAGGAAGAACAUGAGAUUAAUUCUCCGCGGAUCGAGCCGACGUUUAAGCAAGACUCCGCGUUUGGAUUCUCUGUGGAUAAAAAUCACUCCGCGAUUCACAUCCCAACUGACAUUUACAAAGCCUCCACGAUCAUUCUGAACGAGCUGAACUGGACGGCGGGGCUCGAUGAGGUGUUCAAGCUGAACAAGGAAGAGGACCCCACUCUGCUGUGGCAGGUGUUUGGAAGUGCCACAGGUCUCACCAGAUUUUAUCCAGCAACUCCCUGGGUGGCUCCGGGAGACGUGGAUUUGUUUGAUGUCCGCAGGCGGCCGUGGUACAUACAAGGGGCCUCAUCUCCCAAGGACAUGGUGAUCAUUAUAGACGUGAGCGGAAGUGUCAGUGGACUCACAUUAAAACUGAUGAAGAAGUCGGUGUCUGAAAUGCUGGAAACCCUUUCCGAUGAUGAUUACGUGAAUGUAGCAUCUUUUCACAACGAAGCCGUCCCGGUCUCCUGCUUCAAGCACUUAGUGCAAGCCAACGUACGCAACAAGCAAAUGCUCAGCGAGUCCGUGGAGAAGCUGACUGCCAAGGGGAUGACGAACUACAAGGCCGCGUUUACGUACGCGUUUGAGCAGCUCUUAAACAACAACGUUACCCGAGCCAACUGCAACAAGAUGAUCAUGAUGUUCACCGACGGAGGAGAGGACCGCGCCCAGGACGUUUUUGAGAAUUACAACUGGCCCAAAAAAGAGGUGCGGGUGUUUACCUUCUCCGUGGGGCAGCACAAUUAUAACGUGGCCCCUAUUCAGUGGAUGGCCUGUGCCAACAAAGGGUUUUAUUUUGAAAUCCCGUCCAUUGGCGCCAUCCGCAUUAACACUCAGGAUUAUCUGGAUGUCCUUGGAAGACCUAUGGUACUGGCAGGACCCAAGGCCAAGAAGGUGCAAUGGACAAAUGUCUACAAGGAUGCAUUGAACCUGGGUCUGGUCAUCACUGGCACCAUGCCAGUGUUCAACAUAAGCAAGAACGCAGGAGAGCAGCAGAACCAGUUGCUGCUUGGCGUGAUGGGAGUUGACAUAUCGCUCAACGAAAUAAAGAAGCUCACCACUCAGUACAAUCUCGGUCCGAACGGCUACUUCUUUGCAAUAGACCCCAACGGCUACGUGCUGCUUCACCCCAACCUGAAACCCAAGGUGACAAAAUUUGAAGAGCCAGUCACCCUUGACUUUCUGGAUGCCGAACUGGAAAAUGAUAUUAAAUUGCUGAUCAGGCAGAGCAUGAUUGACAAGAAGUCUGGAAUGCGCACUUUUGAGAUGCUAAUCAAAUCCUUGGAUGAGAGGUACAUAGAUAAAAGCAUGAGAACUUACACUUGGACACCAAUGCAGUCGGCUGAAUACAGCCUCGCUCUGGUCUUGCCAUCUUAUAGCAACUAUUACAUCAGGUCAUCACUUACCGACCAAAUACUACAGGCACAAUAUUUAGAGUUCCUCUUGCCGAGCUCCUUCGAGACCAUUGGACAUGUGUUCAUAGCCCCCAGAGAGUACUGCAAAAAUCUCAAACCAAUGAGUGACAACGCUGAAUUCCUGCGGACAUUUAUUGGCGAGAUGGAGAAAAAAACGCCGGAUUCGGAGCAUUGCAACACAGAUAUGAUAUACAACCUCAUUCUUGAUGCUGGGAUCACUGCAAAGUUGGCUCAAACGCAUUGGCAAAAACAAAAUAUAGCAAGCAUGGGCAUUCUAACACUCUUUGUGGCUACGGAUGGUGGAAUUACAAGGGUAUACCCUUACAGCAGUGACGAUGAAUGGGAGGAAAAUCCAGAACCGCAUGAAUCCAGUUAUUACAAGAGAAGCUUAGACAACAAGUCAUUCAUCUACAGGGCCACACAUUUCGGAGCCACAAGGCAAGCAUAUGGUGCCAACGUGUCCAUGGGAAUCCUGGCUUCACGCGUUGUCGACGUCAACAUCGAUGGCAAGAGCCUGCGACCUGCAGUGGUCGGAGUGAAGCUGAAUCCCGAAUUCUGGGUGCCCAAAUUCCGACUCCUCACCAAUAAUCAGACAGACAGAGGCAAGAAUCAAAAAAAGAUGUUGCAGUGUAUGGACAACUCUUGUGAAAUGGACUGCGAUUCCAAAAGUAAUAUCUUGGAAUGUGUGGUGUUGGAUGAUGGAGGUUUCCUCGUUUUUUCCAACCAAGAAUCUCACCAAGAGAAGCUGGGCGAGUUUUUCGGGGAGGUGGACCCCCACCUGUUCCACGAGAUGCACAGACUGGCGGUGUACUCGCGCGUCGAGUCCUACGACUACCAGUCGGUGUGCGACCCUCCUCCCGAGUCGCACGCGGGCGCCGCGCACAGAUCCAUCCGCAUCCCAAAAAUAUAUGACAUCCUAAACCUUGCCUGGUGGCUCUCUGCAGCGGCAUGGUCACUGCUACAGCAGCUGCUGUGUGGAAUUACGGUACCAAACUUGUUCAGUCCGUCCGUGGAGGCGAGGGACCCCCUGGAGCUGAAGGGCAAGGUCAGCUGUGUGAUGCUGCAGACACAGUACUACUUCCCAAACAACAACAAGUCCUUCCAUAAACUCAUCGACUGUGGCAAUUGCACCAGGUACUUCCACGCGGAGAAGCUGGGCACCAGUAAUCUGGUGCUGGUCGUGGCAGAGUUGUUCUCCAAAGAAUGUACAGCGUGCGAAGAUCGGAAAAUCAAGCAGGCCAAGCAAAAGUCGCAAGGACCCGACCCCUGUUUGCUGGCAGAAACGCCACGGUAUAGGAAAGGACCCGAUGCCUGCUUUGAUUACAAUGUCGAUGACGAGCCCAUGUGCUCCGUGUCGAACCAAGCCUCCAAUGUGAUCCCUUCUACUCUUGCUCUAUUUUUCAUUCCAGCAUUAGUUCAAAUCCUUGUCCAGGGUCAGUCAUGCUUACGUUAAUCUCACCCAUUCUGUGCUCUCCCUUUUUCGAAAGGAAACGGGAAAGUUUCAUUUUUGCCUUGGGGGCACAACACGGACAAACGUUGGCAAAAAAACAGAUAAAUGUGAUAUUUUGUAAGCUCCAUCUUGACUACGUGCUUGGAUGGCAGGCUGACCCAGUUUAAACCUGAAUAAUGCAUCGAGAAAGCUUUCCGAUCUUUUACCAUGGUACUUAUCAAUUACCCCCACUGGAAUGCAAAGAAAGUCCUUUUACAAUUGGGGGAGGUCUGUAUGGCAGUCUUCAUUAAAGUAAAUGAAUGGUGACAUCAAAUACUAAUUGCUUCAAAGCACAUUCGCAAAAAUGCAAGUGUGUAUUAAGGACCGCCUUAUUAUACCAGGUCGUACAGCAGCUGUUUGGCUGCAAAAAUGCUCACGUGAAACUGAUUGGCUGCAUGCCUUGGUAAGCCCAUCACAGCCAAGAUUCAGAAAAUGAAAUAAACUACACCGCAUCAUGGUUUCUUAUUAUAUGAAACCACAAACGUAGGAUUUGUGAUGCUCCAAAAGUAAUGCCUCCAAUUUUCUAUUAUCAAAUACUUGGAAAUGUUAUCAUCAGCAGCAUUUGGCUGUUUUUCAAGCAUAGCCACCAUCCUCGUAUAUGUAUUUGCACCAAUAUUGAAUCAGAGACGGCAUUCCAUUAGGACAAAUAUUAUUUAUAAACCUCACAUACACAUUUUAAAUAAGAAAAACACAUUGUACAUAAAACCAUGCUGUAUGGCCAGUGGUGGCUCUGCACGCCUGUAAUCCAGCACUUUCGAGGCAUGGGUUGAUUGAUUGUACAAAUAUUGCAAAUCUCUCUGUGCGCCAGUUCAGUUGCUCUGUCCUGGCUUACCAGAAUAAGGUGGUACAGAAAAUAUUGACUUCACCUGUUCCAUCUGCAUGGGAUAAAUCGUAGAGUGUUGCCCCCUCGAACGGGUGAUAACAUCUUUAUAUAUAGAGGAUCACAGAGCCUGGUGGGGAAUUUGGAGGCAGCUCACCUCCCACGUGUCUGUGGAUCCUCGUGCCUCCGAAUCGUUCUCUCUCUCACUUCAAGAGUGAGCAACGACCGUGUGACGUAUGACGAGGUUGAAAUUUAAAUUAACAAAAAUAAAAUCAUCCUGGCAAAAUUGCACGCGCAAUAGGCCAACCUCAAACGGCUGAACAAGAUGUUAAUCAGAGGGUUCCAGAUCUGGGCUCUGCAGCCGAUGGAGCAGGACUGCCCACCCAAACUCUGCAAUGACCUGUGUGAUAUACUCUGGCUCGGUUCUGUGCCAGAGGAGGUCUUCCACUAGUUAAAAUACAAUGUUCAUGACUUUCCCAUGAAUGAAUAUGUAAAUUGUUGCAUCUCUCCAAUACAAUGUCUUGGCAAAAAACUAAAUAAGAGGCAUUACUUUUGGAGUAACGCUCAUGUUUAAACCAAGUUAUCCAAUUGUAUCAACAGUUUUUAUUAUGUUUCCCAUAAUAUACAGUAGAACAUAAACUCUCAACGCAUUUGUCAGCAGCACUGCCUUAAGAGGAAAGUCUACAAUAGGUGACGAUUGGCUAAUUGGCCCUUCUGCAUAGCAUGGUUCAUAGAAUAGCAUGCUAUGAAGGAGAGCAAAAAACGUACUUUUCUUUCAAGGUAAUGUUAUUGAUGAAUGUGGUCAGUAUUUGUUGUUUAAGCUUGUACAUUACUACUAACGCAAUAUCACCAAUCGAUUUUUUAAAUCAAGUUUAUAGGAUAUGUUGUUGGCUGCUUGUUCCUAUUUUAAGGCACACCACUUGACCACGUGGGGUGGCCUUAGUUAAAAGUGGCACGCAGUUUUAAUUGGGCUUGGUGCUCCAAUUCACAGCAUAUGAGAGCAUUCCAACGUGUGCGUGCCUUGAGAGCUGUACGCAACCCGUGGGUGGCUCGUGUGGGGCAAAGUGUGCAGCUGCCUCUUUGUGACACGAAGCCUGUAACAUCGCUGCUGUGCAGCCUGCUGUAGAAUAAGGCCCUAUUGUAAGCAUGCAUUAUUCACCUGUAGCUGAUCUGUUAUUAUUCAUCAACUGGGUUAUUUUGUCUGCCUAGCAUGAAGUCAAGUAUGGCAAUUGUGUAGUUGCAGCAGAAAUCUAUUAUGAAAACGAAGUUGUACAUCAUUUCGAGUUACACAAAAACUGAUAGUCGUGUGCGUACCAAAAAAAAAAACACUCGUGUUCAAUUGCAAGAAGUGGCAGGGCAGUCAUGCACAGUGUAUCGAGUUAUCUUACUAAGUUCGUGAUUUCACUUUUUCAGCAACUGUGCACAACAUCUCAAGUGUGUUUUUCAGGUAACAUGUAAAGAAAGUUAAAGCUCCACUCGCUUUUCCUUACCCGUCUAAGAGACUUCGAGGCGUCAAAUCCACUCUUUCAUACUUUCAUAAAGCUCGAGCAAAACAGGUUUUUUUUUUGUAAAAUGGAUCAGGCUCCCAUUGCUAACAAUGCAGAAAGUAGCUCAGUACAUGAGAUGUAGGGCAUAGCGGUCUUCUCUUCCCUUACACGGCUGGCAAGCCUGGCACCGUUAAUUUGGUGCUUUUAGCUGCAACAACGCAGAGCCAGGUUUUGCUUGUAUUGUGGGAAAACUGCUGAUGGAAGCUAUUGUGCAAGAAAUGCCAUUGUCGGUAAUGAUCACAGGAUGAAAAUACAGAAGGAAAUCCAUUUUGAGCAUCGCCGUGAUUUUUUCCAUCACAAUAUAGAAAUUUAAGAGCAUUUUGGGUUACAUUGAAUUGCUACCAUCAAGUGUAAUUUGGAGUAAGUAAUAGACGCAAGGUUUGUCUUUUUAGAGUGUUGCAUAGUCUUCUUAUCUGACCGCAGACUUGUGAAGUGUUUCUCGAAUACAAUAAACGUUGAGACGCCACUUUUAAUCACGUUCGAUGCAUUUUCGCUUUAGAUUUCUGCUGCGAUGUCACAUCUAUCACCAUUUACCAAGUUUGUCUACAUCAUGUGUGGAGCGUUGUGAAGCUGUAUAAGAGGGGUUGGCAUGAUCCCACUGCAUGCAUCGAUUCUGAAUGCCAUGCUUGAUGAAAGAGCCUUGCUACUCAAAUAAAUCUGAGGGUGCUGAUUCCAGCCUUUUGCUAGCUCCAUCAGCGGUCAUGCCAAUGCAUACAGCUUCUUGCAUGUUACUUUUUGUUUGUGCACACCACGUUUAUUUAUUAACACGCAGCUCAAAUGGACGGUGGCGGUAAUGCUUUACUAAGUACACAAUGAGCAAGAUAUUAACUCUUGUUGAUGCCAAAGGGGGUAGAACCAGCAAUGAUGGAGGGCUGUAGCUUUUGUCCACGGAUGGAUAUGGAACAUUCCAGGCUACAUUGUACCAGACAAUAAUUCUGCCUCUGAGAAAUAAAAAUAAACCACUUAGUUGUUCCCAAAUAAUGUCCACCUGUGUUAACUUGCAAAGGCAUAACGUGUAAUGAGAGAUGGAUUUAUACAAAUAACUCGCCAUGCACGUGACAUGUGCCAUGCCUUCAGCUUCCAAUCAAGGUCUGGUUCCGCUACCUCUGGUUGGCAGUACUUGCUGUGACUUGCAUUGUCUUGAUUAACUUGCCUUGCUACCCCCAUUGCUACGUGUCAUUUAAUUACAAGAUGAGUUUUGCAAAAGUCCAUGGAAUCAUGGUCUAAACAAAUGGGUUUUCCACAAUGAAAAAUGCGCAAAACUGAAAUAGCAUAAUGGUACCUCGUAUUUCAGUGACAUUUCAAUCCGCAAAUGUAUAUUCUGUAGAGAGCAUUUCAUUUAUAUACACUGCCUUUGAUGUUUAUGGAACUUCUAUAUUUGGCGGUGAGACUUAACUUUGCAUAUCGCAGCAAAGAACAACAGAAAUACAUACUUUAAUGCAUGGUGACAAACGGCUGUGCUACGAGUUAAAAUACUUAAAAUACACCUUUGAGUACCCUCUCACAUGGAUUUAGUCCAAAUAAUGGUGCUUUAUAUGGGCAAGUUGUACACAAAGCGUGCCUCUACGUUGAUCUGUCAUCACAGUAACGAGUGCACGCGUGUGUGUGCGUGUGUGUGCGUGUGUGCGUGUGUGUGCGCGCUUUCUGGUGGAUGUUCCUGUUCUCUGGCACAGGAGGAUGUCUCUGAGUGUGGUCAUGGCACCAUGCUGAGGCCACCCGUGCUGGCUCUCCUUACCUUUCAGGUCUGCCUCCUAUGGCUCCUCAUUCCCACAGACAGCUUCUUCUCGUGACCGUCACCCACCCAUCCGUCCAAACUGCCCCCUUAAAACAAUGACCUUGGUGGGACCUCAUGCUGUGACACUUCAAUGUCCUCUUGCCGCACCUCCCUCGGUUACCAUAGGCUCUCUCAUGCGCUUAUAUAAGUAAUCAGUGGGGAAAUGAUGCUACUUUGAGCCCUCUCUGUUGCGGUGAAAGUGCUGCGAGACAACAGGUUUUAUCUAUUUUUUUUAAAUAUUAUUUUCGUGUUAAAAUAUGGCACUUAGAUCCCAGGCAUCAGUCUGAACAUGACGCCUUCUGUGAGACACAGGAGUGACAGAGACUGUGUAUGAAAUAUGGGAAUAGAGGAAAAGAAAUAUCGCAGUCUUGCAUCCUUGUGCUCCAUUCUAUAUUGGCUAUGCCAAUAUGUUGUCAAUGUAUAAUUUUCUCCUUCAUUGCCCAGUUGCGCUGAUAGGUAACCAUUUCAGCUUACGUCCGUGCAAAUUUGAAUAAGAGAAGUACUUCGCAAAAGUAUUUGACAAACUAUAUAAUGGUGUAUUUUAAAAACGUAUCAAUACUCAUACUAAACUACCUGGUUUUGUCUCUUUGUGUUGAAAUAAGAAAGAUCGAUGUUUCACCAAUGUUAAAAUACCUCCUUUUUGUUUUUAUUAUUAUUUUAAAUAUGGAAUAAGAAAAAACAAGCAGUGUUUAUAUGAUAGUUGCAGCAUAAGUACACAAUUGGUGUAUAUAACUUAAAUAUGACAUUCUUUUAAUCAAAAAUUACCAAUAACACUUGUAUAUACCUACUCGUUCGAGGAUGUGUCAAAUCAAAUAUAAUAAGAACUGCAAUUAAGCACAUAUCAACUCUCAUCUCCAACUUGCAGUUUUGUUCCUACGUUUAACAACAGAAGGCACGUUUGUCGAAGUGCAUUUUUUGUUGGAAACAUUUUAAAUUAUUUUUUUGUAGUUUCCCUUUUUGGUUCGGGAUGGGCCAAGGAGCUAGCGCAUGGUGGGAUCUAAGCGAUUGCUUUCAUGAUAUAAUUUGCCACAUUUCAAUUGUAAUCUCACUUUAUUGCCGUUUGAUUGAUAAAUAAUAUGGGGGGGGGGGGGGGUUUUGGUCAGUGCCUAUGUUUAAAUUGGCUUCAAUGUUUUGUUCUGUAAACACAUUUGGAAGAACACGAAGGUAUAUAUAUGGAAAGAGAUCAUGCUUUUAUUGAUCCCCUAUUGUAUUGAGACCAGCCUAUCCCUUAAAACAUUCCAGCGUGCAUGAAAAAACAAAAAACCCAUAUAUCCUAGCAUUUGCUAGACAUUGAUCCUUGAAAGCCAUUUGUUGCAUAGCUCAGAGCCAUUAUUCAGCCACAUACACCUUUCUGCAUUCAUGAAUGGAAUGAUCUGCAAUUACUGUAGUGAGUCCGUGCCUGUUUGAAGAUUGAAUGCUAAGGCAAAAUAAUAAAAUAACUAUAAAAAAUAUUUAUAUAUACAGUACUUGGUGCGUAUGUGAAAGAUGUUAUUUUAGGAUGUUGAGCAUUUUUCCAUGCACUAAAUGAUCACAUUAUUUCUACUUCAAUACGCUGUCACUAAAUAGAUUGAAUGUUGGUAACGUCCACAUGUUAUUUAAGAGUGCUUGGCAGCCUUUGCAUUGUGAAACCCACCCCACACCACCCCAUCCCACCACAAAUGUUCUCUCAAAAAAUGUUCAAUUUUUGUAAAUUAGCAUUUUUGUAAUUUCUGAUUGUGAAUAAGAAUAUAAGAUGGAUGUCUGCUUCAAAGUUGUUAACAUGCGAUUGCAGUCUGUUUACUCUGAAUUGAUCACAGAUGUUAUUACCAGGUUAUUGCAACUUGAAAUACUUGUGUUUUAAUAUAUGGAGGUAAAGAAACCGAUAUGUGGAGUAACCAUUUUCAUAGCUGUGCUUUAGAAAAAAGUCUGCAAUAAAAAAAAUGUUAAUAACGUAUGCUACUCAUGUGCUAACUACAGUAUUCAGAUCCCACGGCUAUUCUGUUAAUUUCAGAUUUACUUUGUAACAUUACUUAAAGCACUAUUAUGUACAUUGUGUUAUUUAUAACUGUAAUCUGAUUUAAAAUUAAAGUACAGUAUCUAUU